GAUUUUCCGAGGGAGGUGGAGUGUUGAAUAUAUAUAUAUACUGUGAAAAUGAGAAGCAAGACAGUAAUACACAGCUGGCAUUGCCAACCUAGGUGGAGAGAUCAAUUCUAUCUGCACCUCUAACAAACAGCUAAGACAUGGUCAGAAGGCAGGUUACCUUCAUGGAUGUGGUGUCUGCAAUGGUAAGAGGCUUUGUGCAAGGCUGUGGAUUUGUAGACAAUCUAUGCUAUCUGAACAUGGCUGUCCGAGAAUGUUGAGAAUGUUACAUUUGCUUUUCUUUGUGGGAUUGUCACGGUUUGAUUUUCCUGUGUACCAUGUGCACAAUGUAUGUCAGGAGCUACUGCUCCAGCAGGCUCUCACUCUAGCACUGAUGCUGUAAGCGGAAUGGACCAAAACUGGUCCUGAGAAGCCAAAUCCACCUGCCCUGGAUUCAAACUCCCAGUAAUCUCAGCGAAGAUUGCUGGUCAGUAAAAUGUACAAUUGGAUAGAAAGAAAAGAACUAGCAGGGGGUUUAUUCACUAAGGUGAAUUUUUUAUAUUAUAAAUCGCAAUAGCCAAAAAGAAAAAAAAUGUCUUUAACGUGCUGUGUUUUGAGAUUGGCUAGUUUGAAAUUUGCACUUUAGAAUGGCCCGGUCAGUGAAAAGGAGGUCCACCUCGGCAGCAAAUAUCUGAAAUGAUGCUUAAUUGAUCAAUAUGAUGUUAUAUUAUUAAAUGAGAAUUUUCCUUUGUUUGGUAUUUACCAUUUCCAUUUUUUUUAUUCCUCUUUAGUGGAUACUUUGCAUUUUUGCCCUAAUGUCUACGAAUAUCUGUGAGGCCAUCAAAGGAGCUAAAGCUGGGAAGCAUGGUCUUCGUGAACACCAUAUCCACGAACAUCACCAUAACCACGAUGACCAUCACUGCUACACGGCGGAGGAAGGAGUACCCAGUACUAUGAUCAAUCGCUUUGCCGGCAGGAAGAUGAACUGGAAUAACCAUAUUACAGUAAAACUUGUCUCCAAUAUUGAGAACGGCGAGGGGAGGGAUGGGGGAAAGAGAAGACGCAAGAGAGAACAGGGCCAGGGCUGCCCCAUCAAUGAAUUUGCCGCAAAUCGUGAUGACAUCAAAGACCGUUCUAUUUCUCCAUGGGAGUACCGGUAAGUAGAAAGACCAAUCCUCUUCAUCCUUCUACAUAGAAAAAUAUGAGAUGCUUUAAAUACAUCCCCUACAUCAUUUAGAAAGGCCACAUUUAUCCGUAUGUUCUUAUCAGUUCUCACGAAGCAUGGUAGACUCUCUGCAAUUUUUUCUAUAUAUUUUUAUUCUUUUCCUACAUCAAUUUAUUUGCAUUUUAAGGAGUGAAGUCCUGCUCACCAGAACUUUAACACCUACAAAAUUCUUAUAUUAUAACAAAGGAAAGGAUUAUUAAUACAAGAAUUUAAGAAAAUAACUCAUUCCAGAAUAUUAUUUUCUAUAUGACGAUUACUAAAAUCACCAGCAAGCAGCAACACAUGGCAAUGUUAAAAUAAUGUUUAUUUAUAUCAGUUACGCCUUUCAGCCACUUCAAAGGCUCUGCAAUUUCAUGUACUAUUGAGAAAUGGUGAGGGAUAUUUACAGUGGCGAUAUUUCUGUUUAGUGAAGAAAACAUAAGGCAUUAUUAAAUCUCAAAAAAAAAAACUAAUUCUGCUACAAUGAAUAACAAACACUGAUGGGUAUCAAAAGCAAUGAAUGCCUUUAGUGUAGGUCCACGCAUGAUACUGUAUCUCACAAAUCUUGGUUUUCUUUUUAUUUUAGAAUUGACACAGAUGAGACCAGAUACCCACAGAAGUUGGCCUUUGCACACUGCUUGUGUAAAGGAUGCAUUCACACCCAUGGAACAAGAGUAUCCGAAAACCACAGCCUAGUUUCAGUGCCGGUUGAGCAAACCAUGCUGGUCCUGCGCAGGAAGACAUGCGCACACGAUAAAUCAAAGUACGCCUUUGAGGUGGAUUACAUAAAUGUUCCCGUGGCCUGUACAUGCGCCAAGCCACGUUACUGACCAUACCACGUAGGGAUUAGAUCGCUCCCAUGGAGUUCUUAUUCCUGCACUUAGAACCCUGUGUCGUGACCAUGUCACACAAAGUUUGUUUGUUAUAAAACAUUUCUAAUUAUAUUUAUAUUAGUUGAGAUGAGGUUUUUAACUAUGUAUUUGCUAUUGGCUAUUAGAUUAUUGGGGAUAUAAUGAAUCUGUUUGGCAGAGACCUAUUGUGGAAAUUAUUUCAGCACCAGAUUUAUAUUGGGUCAAAUAACACUUUUCUUCUGCCAACCAGAUUUCUAGAAUGUGGCGGAUUUCAUUACAUGAGAUAUAUUGCUCAUAUUAUUUUAUCUCCAAUACAGUCAAUCUUACCAAAAAGGGCCCUAAUUUAGGUCGAUUUUUCAUCAUUUCACCAACUGGCUUUCACCUGAAUCUGUUGAGUUUUUAGUUAUGGUUUCAUUUUAGGGAGCUGGGUGCUAAAAUUAAACAGAUUUUAUUUCUAAUUAAAAAAUGCUGAGAAUUUAACUUUUACCUAAACCAUGCUUGUCCGACUGCAAUCCUCGAUGCCAACAGCACUGCUCUGCCUGCUGCCUGCUGCGGGGUUAAUACACUUAAAAUAAAAAGGUAGAAGCAAGCAAGACCUGUGUUGGGCAAGCCUGAUUUAACCAUUUCAGUGCCAGCAUUGUGCCAUGAUUUAAAUCAAUAAAAGCACAAGUUUAAUGGAUCAGAAAGACAUCGUACGAUCCCGCUAUUUAAUGAUUAUAAGGUAUCUUGAUAAAUAUCACUUGCUGUCAGACACACACUGAAUUUUUCGGCAGCAAUGUUUAACUAUUUAACUGCAACUUGGCAGUCUAGUUUCAAAACAUUAAUCUUACAGAACAACGAAACCUCAUUUCGAAUCAGAAUAGCCUAUUCCGUAAAGCUAUAAUAUAGCUAUUUGCUUGUAAAAUAAUAUUUAUUCUAAAAAGGUGUCUUUGAAGAGGGAAAAAAAAAAAAUUGUUUGAUAGAACAAAAAAAGAAAAAAAAAGUUUAAAACUUCUUGAUUUGAUUGCCAUAAUUAUUUUGUUUUUAUUAUUUUAUAAUAUUUAUUUAAGUAAUAUUUAAAUGUUUAAACCUAUGAGCUGCAUUUGGAAGUUUGCAGCUAAUCAAAUGGUUGUAUCGUUUUUUUAGUAUUUAUUUAUUAUUGUGACCAUUUUUCAUUGUUGGAAAUCUGAUUGUAUUAUAUUCGUGUAAACAAAGUACAUUUAUUUCAGAAGGUGACAAACGCCAAGUCAACAGCCAAGUAAUAUGGUAAAUGAGUGCGCAAACUGGAUUUUAUUUCAUUAUGUGCACACACUGUGCGUGUUUGUCAUCUUGGUACUGAAAUUGUGAGUGCAGCUUUUGUAGUUAUUUAAUAAUUUUAUUAUGUUGCAAAUUUUGUGUUUCAAAUAAAAAAAUAUUUU